UUCCCGUUUAUCUUUCAGGAAUCAAUGUAAACUCGGAUGCGAUGUGGUUAUUCGAGGGGAAAGAUCUCAACUUUGCAUCUGUGAGCUCUCACUGACCAGUCUAUUCAAGAUCUUAUCCAUUGAUGUUUUGUUGUAAUCUGGGAGUCGUUACAGAAAAGACUUCUACAUCUACAGCAGAAGAAAUUUCGAAGUUUUUACCGGAGAAGGUGAGAACAGAUGUCUUUGAACUGCCAGCGGUAUCUCUCACAUUUAGGAAUAUCUAAGAAGGACAUCCGUGUAGAACUGCUCUUGAGCUCGCUUUGGCAGCGUUUUUCAUCAGACAGAUAAUGAAGAAAUAACUGCUCCCAGCAAUGUAAGCCUUGCAAUGAAACAUAGAAAUAAGGAUACGACAUUCAAUACUUUCGUGGCGUGAAGAAAGUUAUACGAUGAAAUUCUACACGUCGCUAUGGAGUUUCGGUCGAACGGUUGUAGCGUGGUGUUGCCUUGCCACUUUUUUCGAUGUGGUCCUGGCAAGGGUCUCCAGGACUUUUCCGUGUCCCAAGGCAUGCUUAUGCGACUUGAUCACACUUAAAGUGGACUGCUCGGGAGGUGGACUCGACGGCUUACCCUCUACCGUUCCACUGAACACAAGAAUCUUACUCUUUCAAGAAAAUAAUUUGGGAAACGAACUCACCAUACCUGUUUUCAACAUAACAGCCAUGGUUCGCCUCAGGCAGUUGUCCGUUGCAAAUAAUUCGUUGAGUUUCAUAGACCCGGCGGUGUUCCCAAAACAAAUAAAGUUGAUCAAAUUGAACUUUGACAGUAACUACCUUGAGGGCAUACCAGCAAUGGUUCGCAAUAUGCGAUUGCUCAAGCACUUACACCUUAGCCGUAAUCGAAUAUCUAGUAUUAAUAACAACGAUUUACCGCCGUCUUCUACCAUAGAGAAGUUAUAUUUGGACUCGAAUCAGAUCUACAUCCUUGAAGAUGGUGCCUUUGCCGGUCAAAAGCGGCUUGAAAUUUUAUACAUGGCGGAUAAUCUCAUCAGCAAUAUUUCCACUGGUCUUUUUUCGAAACUAUCGAUGAUCAUGCAACUUGACUUAUCUUACAACAACAUUGGUGCCGAUUUGAAAACUCAGUAUGAUUUUCUGAAUGACGACAUUCCUACUCCCAAAACUGGAGAAGUUGGUGUUAGCUCACAUUCGGGUCUUGGGCCACCUCUAAACGUCAGUGAAUGGUUCACGCCGAACAUUGCUCCAAAACUGGAAUAUCUUAACCUAGAAGCAAAUGACAUACAGACGAUCGCACAAAAUGCCUUUAAAUUAUUCCCUGUACUUGCUUCGAUUAACCUGGCAUAUAAUCAGUUGAUAGCAUUGCCACCACAAGUAUUACAUACUUUAAGUAACCUACAAAUUCUUGACAUUAGUGGCAAUAGAUUACGUGAAUUGCCAUCAGAGCUGUUUCAGAAGAGCACGCGCCUUGAAGUCAUCAAGCUAAAAAAGAACCUUUUAGUCAAUUUACCAGAAAAUAUAUUUGUCGGUGUUGAGAAGAGCCUCUUGGAGCUUGAUCUAUCGGGAAAUAACCUACAUAGUGUUUCGUGGAUGAACGUCGAUCUACGACAUCUCAUUGUUCUUGAUCUGUCAGCGAAUGCCCUUACUGAUGCGGGGAGCUUGACACAUAUAGUUAGCUUACAAAGGCUGUUUCUUCAAGAAAAUCAGCUGUUUGAUAUUCCAAACGUGCGGAACUUGACACGCCUUCAAGAGUUACACUUAACCAACAACUCCAUCAGGACCAUAUCAUUUGAUGCGUUCAACGGCAAUGUGGCGCUGGAAUUAAUCGCGCUGGACUACAACGAACUCGUCACUCUUGCAAUGGAACCCUUCGAGGGUAUACCGUUCCUGCAGACUGUCAAAGCCGUGGGAAACCCUUUCAACUGCGACUGUAAAAUGAAAUGGAUGGCAAAUUUUGCAGAGGAUACAAUGAGUUACGACCUGUAUCUGAACGGGAUUUAUGCAGACGAGAUGGGCAUACCGGAAAGCACGUUUGUGGCUCUUGAAGCUUGGAUAGCACCCUUGAAGGCUGAAGUCAUAUGCGUAAGACCUCUUCUGGUUCAGGGCGUGGACCUUCACACGGCUCUCUAUAACUUCGGACCUGACCUCAUAUGCAGCCAUUUUGCAAACCCCAGGAGUAUCAUGGUCCUUAUUCUCACCUGGUUCCUGAUUAUCAUCGUAUUUCUCAUUCUGUUCUGGGGGAAGACCUUCUGGAUGGCCCGGAAGCAGUUCGGCAGCUCCAGGCCUAAGAUCGGCCAAGAAAAGCCCAAGGACGACGAUACUUGUUACGUCAUAUCGGCUGUCUCGAAAAAGGCGGGAAACGGCCAGUAUCAUUUGCUACCGGACAAGAGUGACAAUGAGCCGUUGGUAUUUCUCUCGAACCAUGAUGACGAGGCCUGCAAAUUAAGGACAUUUGAAAGGAGCUCAACAGAAAUAUUUAUUGAAACCACCGUCUGAUCUCGGAUAUCUAAAACAAACUCUUGAGUUCUGCGAAUCUUGGACUAGUUAGCAGACGCCCUCUUGAUUGUUUCGAAACAGAUGUUAUUUUAUAUUUCCGUUAUUUUUCACCUAAAAUCGUAAUCGUUGCCAUGUGUGCGUAUGAAAGAUAUAUUGUCAUAUUCGUAAUUUUGUUUGCAUUAUCAUACUAUUUGAUCAAUGGCAUGACUGUGUUCAUCAUGAAUAUGUUAGCUCUCAUUAACAAAAUUGGAAGAUAUACUUUCCCAUUUUAUAACUAUGAAGCUGUUAUGUAUGGAUAAAUGUUUGCUCCAACUAAAUUCAUUUAAUUAAUGAAGAUGACUCGGUGGAUAUUCAAUUUGCCCCAAACACAAAAAAUGCCCCCCUAUAUCAAACUCGCAUUACUUUAUUGUAUCGAAAGACUAACGCAAAGUAGCUUGACCAGAAUGUUUUUACGCUGCCUUUGAAGAAUUUGGUUUUAAGACGGUAUCCAAGACGGCCGUUGACCUGUAGAUUGACUUUAUUCAUAUUUACAGUAGAUGUCCGAUGUGGGGGCUAUCACACGAUUUUCUUUUUUAAGCACAGCAAACACUUGUGUACAUUGAAAAUCACGCCAAUCAUUUCAAACUGAUGUUAAAGCAUUUACUUCAAGAUCCAUUUGCAUCAUUACAUUGAAGACAUUUGCUUGUUAUUUAAAGGUGUAUACUCCGGGCUGAUAAUUAUCUGAAUGAAUCGCAUGAAAUUCCCCGCGCAAAAAGUUGAAAGUUUCCUGAAACCCAAAUAACAGCGUUAUUGGAUCUUAAAGUUUAGGGAUAUUCUGUGAAAGCAGUUAUAAUGCAUGUCGUCAUGAAUAUGCUGUAGGUGGUGAUGAUGACAUGUUCCCACUUUCCUCUUUCUUAUGAAAUGACAUGAAAUCGUAAUUAUUUUAUAUUUUCAUACAUGUAUGAAUGUAUGAUAUGUCUCCCUUGUAACAAAGUGCAGCUAUGAUUGUUUUACGCAUUGGGUCAGUUGUCGAUCCAUUUUCCCUAUUCGAUGGGGACAAAAUUUUAAUUAAAUAUCUCAAAUAAUGAUGAAUAUACUAAAGAACAAGUGGGGAUAAGAUAUAAUCAUCGUAUUCAUUGCAUAUUCAUAAAGAAAAGCAUUACUUUUUCACUAAAAUAUUGCAAAACUAUAAAGGGAUAACUUUCGACUUUGUUAUUCCUUGUCCGAUUUUGAGGAAAUUGUAAGUGUUUUGUUGGUCUGAUUUUAUUUCUUUUCAAAUUAUAAUUUCAGCCCGGAGUACUCUAGUCUACAAAUGUAGACCCACAUGUGCAGUGUG